AUGAUUUUCACCACCUGGAAUAUCAGGGGACUCAAUGAGUCCCUAAAACAAGCAGAGGUUAAAAAACUGCUUGUUCUUAAGAGGUGUGCUCUUAUAGGUGUUUUAGAGACCAGAGUCUGUAGUUGCAACAAGGAAAGAAUGUGGAAUAAGCUUAAUCUCCAGGGAUGGGAGCUUAUUGAUAAUUACAGUCAUUCUGAUAUUGGAAAGAUUUGGGUGAUUUUUGAUAGUCUGAAAGUUAAUGUGCAGUGUAUAGGAUCCUCAGAUCAAUUCAUUCACUGCAAAGUCAACAUGGAGGGGGUCAGUUUUAUUUGGACUGUGGUUUAUGGGUCUAACCAUUUAGUGGAAAGACAAAGAUUAUGGAAGCAUCUAGUUGAUCUAUCGAGGAGUAUUGAGGAACUCUGGUUUGUUCAAGGGGACUUUAAUGCAGUUCUUAGAGAAGAAGAUAGAUGUGGUGGAUCUCCUUUGGAUGAAGACCAUCUUCACGAGCUCAGCAAUUGUGUCUCUGCAGCAGGUUUAAUUGAGAUUAGAAGUGUGGGGUGCCAAUUCACCUGGAACAAUAACCAGUUGGGUAUUAACAGGAUUUGGAGAAAGCUGGACAGAGUGUUUGCUAAUGGGAAUGUUAAUGAAAAUUUCCAUAGGAUCUAUAACGAAGCUCUUCCAUGUGGCAUUUCUGAUCAUAGCCCAAUUGUCACUAUCCUUGAAAGUGAGCAGAGAAGUGGUAGUAGGAAGUUCAAAUUCUUCAAUUUCUGGACUCUUCACCCAGAUUUUAGAACUAUCCUAGAAGAAGAGUGGAGGAUUAAUUAUAGAGGGUUUCAUAUCUACAAGCUGGUGCAAAAGCUAAAAGCCAUUAGCUAUAGAUUAAGCAAAUUAAACAGAAGUCAAUUUUCUGACAUCUCUAAAAGAACUGAUAAUCACAGAGAGAUCCUGAAUAGGCUGCAAGUUGAUCUUCAAAGGGAUCCAACAAACACUUUUCUUAUUGAUGAGGAGAGAGUUAUGUCCAAUCACUUUAGAUUUCUCUUAAAGUGUGAAGAAAGCUAUUUCAAGCAGAAGUCAAGGAUUCAAUGGCUCAAUCUUGGGGAUUCUAACACGAAAUAUUUAUCAUAA